AAAACACUUCCGCAUAGUCAGAUUAUCAGCGAGACUGCAUGAAGUAGAUUUAGUGUCAUAAUGGCUAAAUUUAAAGACAAAAGACGAGAGAAAGUCAGUGUCGCCACUGAGAUUGACCGUUUGGAGGAGCGACGGGCACGUUGCCAAGACAACCUGGAGAGAGCUGAGUUCAGGAGCAGGAAGGAGAAGCUGUCUGAAAAGGAGAGGCAGGAACUGGAAGAUGAAAUGACCAUCAUUAAUGAGAGGGUGCAGAAGUUAGACAAAGAGCUGGAGACGUUACGAGGAGAGAAUCGGAAGAACAUGCUGUUGUCAGUCGCUCUGCUGGUUAUCAGCGCUCUCUUCUACUACGUCUUUAUUUACAGCGAAGAGGACUCCUGAUACCACCUGCCAUCUAAAGGCGACCUAAUGCUCUUAGAAGAACAAAAACCUCAGGACCAUGUUGUCGUGAGAUCAAAAGGCCAGGAUUGUAGGCACAAGGAUUAAACACGAGAGGAGCUGUGAUGAUGAAAUACUUGAGUCCUCCCUCUAGAUGGCAUCAUCGUCAUUGUGUUAAUUUCUGAUGGACACCAUAAUGGGUUUAACCUGCACAGCCAGGACAGCUUUUUGGACUAGAUUAACACACAUAUGAGAUAAUAUUAAAAUAAAAUGAAUAUUUUUUGUCUUUUGCUCAGCUUGUGUACAGUCACAGUCUAUAUUUCCAUCACUAUAUAAAGACCUUACUGUUUAUUAUGACAUUCAACAUGAAGAAUUUCAAACAGUUUGUCCAUUAAAUGAAUGUUUAAAUAUAAAGUUUGCCUUAUGCUACAAAUAACGCCAAAGUAAUAUUGCUAUAUUUUAUACAAAAUAUUGAAGAUAUGCUUCGUGAAAUGGUGCCGAUCAAGUCUGCUUUUGUUUUUCAGUCACAUGUAAAUAAAUGUGUGAUGAUGCAUGGUACACAUGUCAUGUUUGUAUGCUUUGUUUGACACAAAACAGAGAACCUGAAGAAUGUAUUUUUUGUUUUGAUGCAUCUAUCUCCUAAUAAAAGCUGAAAUAUU